UUCCGCAGCAGGGGCGCCUCUGAGGCGGGGGAGGCGGAGUUCCGCUUCCGGAAAGGAGACGGUCCUCCGAGGGAAGGCGCUGCAGGCCUCAUCAGUUCUCCCAGUCCUUCUGCGGGGAAUGUCAUGUGAGAGAAGAGGUGGACACAUCUUCAUACAGUUUGGAGGCAGCCUAGAAGCGCAGAACAAAAAUGGAAGGGCAACAGCCAGUGGCCUCCCAGUUAGAAGAAUUUUCUUCUGCAGUUGAGGCAGAGAACAAAAGAGCAUACUGGGAGGACCCUUGGAGGAAAGACCAGGAGAACAAUCACUUCCAUUCAGACCUUCAGUGCCAGCACUUCCGGCAUUUCCGCUAUGAGGAGGCCUUGGGGCCCCGAGAGGUUUGCAGCCGCCUCCACUCUCUCUGCCGCCUGUGGCUGAAGCCAGAGGAACAUACAAAGGGGGAGAUGCUGGACCUGGUGCUCCUGGAGCAGUUCCUGGCCGUCCUUCCUGCGGAGAUGGAGCGCUGGGUGAGGGAAUGUGGGGCAGAGACCAGUUCCCAGGCCGUGGCUUUGGCUGAAGGAUUCCUCCUGAGUCAGGAAGAGGAGAGGAAGUCCCAGGUGCAGGACUCAUUUGAAGAUGCGACCAGGCAGGUGGAGGAGACUUUUUCUCACAUUUGGGUCGUCCCGAUUGGAGAAGGAGAAUAUAUCGUAGUUGACAGUGAAACAUGGCGAAUUAAUAGUAGCACAACUUUUCAUGAUUCUCUUCUAAGAAGAGAUUCUACGGGACCAGAUCAGGUGACUUUUGAAGAUGUGUCUGUGGCUUUCUCAGCGGAGGAGUGGGCCCUCUUGGAUCCAAGCCAAAAAGCCUUGCACCAGAAAGUCAUGGAGGAGAAUUUAGGGAUUGUGUCAUCUCUGGAGGAGACACAAUUUGAAUAUUUGGAAGAUGGAAUGAAUUUCAGUAGGAAGGAAGCGCUCACAUUUUCUCAAGAAACUCACACAAGAGAUAAACCAUUUAAAUGCUUGGAGUGUGGAAAAAACUUCCGUCAGAAGGCUCACCUUGUUCGUCACCAGGCAAUUCACACAGGAGAGAAGCCAUUUAAGUGUUUGAAAUGUGGAAAAUGUUUCACUCGGAAGUUAGGCCUGGUUCAUCAUCAGGCAAUUCACACAGGAGAGAAGCCAUUUAAAUGUUUGCAGUGUGAAAAGAGCUUCAGUCAAAAGGGAAACCUUAUUCGUCAUUGGGCAAUUCACACAGGAGAGAAGCCAUUUAAAUGUUUGCAGUGUGAAAAGAGCUUCAGUCACAAGAACGUCCUUAGUCGUCAUCAGGCAACUCACACAGGAGAGAAGCCAUUUAAAUGCCCAGAGUGUGGAAAGAGCUUCAGUCAGAAUGCACACCUUGUUUGCCAUCAAGCAACUCACACAGGAGAGAAGCCAUUUAAAUGUUUAGAAUGUGAAAAGAGCUUCAGUCAAAAGAGAAGCUUUGUUUAUCAUCAGAAAACUCACAGAGAGAGACUAUUUAAAUGCAUGGAGUGUGAAAAGAGCUUCAGUCAUAAGGGAGACCUUAUUUGUCACCAGGCUACUCAUACAAGAGAAAGACCAUUUAAAUGCUUGCAGUGUGGAAAGAGCUUCAAUCAUAAGGUUGGUCUUGUUCGUCACCAGGCAACUCACACAGGACAGAAGCAAUUUAAAUGCUCAGAGUGUGGAAAGAGCUUCAGUCAAAAGAUAGACUUUGUACGUCACCAGACAACUCACACAGGAGAAAUGCCAUUUAAAUGCUUGCAGUGUGAAAAGAGCUUCAGUCAAAAGAGAAACCUUAUUUGUCACCAGGCAACUCACAUAGGAGAGAGGCCAUUUAAAUGCUCAGAGUGUGGAAACAGCUUCAGUCAUAAGGGAGGCCUUGUUCGUCAUCAGGCAACUCAUACGAGAGAAAAGCCAUUUAAAUGCUCAGAGUGCAAAAAGAGCUUCAGUUAUAAGAAACGCCUUGCUUGUCAUCAAGCAGUUCACACAGGGGAAAGGCCAUUUAAAUGCAUGCAAUGUGAAAAGAGCUUCAAUCAAAAGAAACACCUUAUUCAUCAUCAAGCAAUUCACACAGGAGAAAGGCCAUUUCAAUGCUUGGAAUGCGGAAAGAGGUUCAGCCAUAAGGGAGGCCUUGUUUGCCAUCAGAAAACUCACACAGGAGAAAAGUCAUUUAAAUGCUCAGAGUGUGGAAAGAACUUCAGUCAAAAGAUAGGACUUGUACGCCACCAGGUAACUCACACAGGAGAAAAGCCUUUUCAGUGCUUGCAGUGUGAAAAGAGCUUCAGUCAAAAGAGAAACCUUCUUUGUCACCAGAGAACUCACACAGGAGAGAGGCCAUUUAAAUGCUCAGACUGUGGAAAGAGCUUCAGACAGAAGGUAGUCCUUGUUCGUCAUCAAGCAACUCACACAGAAGCAAAACCAGAGUAUGGAAAGAGCUUCAGUCGAAAUACAAGCUUUAAUUGUAUUUAAUUGUCACACAGAAGAAAUAGUCAACCCAUGGGGUAAAAGCAAGUUCCCUUGUUUUACAUAAGAGAGGGCAUGAAUCAUUGUCAUAGAAACAUUGAGUUAAAAGCUGUGUCUUUUGGGGAAAAUAAUAACCCGAUCAAUUUAUGAAAUAUCUCAUUAAGCAUAAGUGAUAAUAUUUUGAGAACUAAAGGAAGGAUAUUUCUGGUUUUUUAAUCCAUUCAUGCAAAUUGGAUAGUGCAAAUAUUUCCUGUCAUGUAUAUUCAGAGGGUUUUUUUUUUUCUGUGUCAGGAGUGACUUGAGAAAAACUGCAAGUCGCUUCUGGCGUGAGAGAAUUGGCCAUCUGCAAGCAUAUUUCCCAGGGGAUGCCCAGAUGUUUUUGAUGUUUUACCAUCCUUGUGGGAAGCUUCUCUCAUGUCCCCGCAUAGAGCUGGAGGUGACAGAGGGAGCUUAUCAGCGCUGUCCCCGGAUUCGAACCAGCAACCUACAUGCAACCCAAUCCUAAAGUCAGCAGUCCUGCCAGCACAAAGGUUUAACCCAUUGCACCAUUAGGAGCUCUAUUAAGGGUUAAAAUACAUUUGUGUAGUUUGAUGAGAAUUGUGGGAAUGGGUUUGAUUCAUAACUAACAGCCCAUUGUAUCAUGUAAUUCUAUGUAUGUGGGACUGAGUUUUCUUUUAUGAAACAUCUAAUAAAGCAUAACUGAUAAA